AUGAUGACCAGUGAGCAGUUGCUGCAGAACAAACUGAAUGCAGUGGAGAAUAUGGUAAAAUCGACCCGAGAAGAUGUUCGCAACGAGGUGAAGGCCCUUAAAAUCGUGAUUGGAACGAAUUCAGAGCAGCAAAAGAGCAUGCUUGAGUCAGUAAUCGGCGGGCUGAACAUGGCUAUCAAACUUAUUAAUAAGCUGCUGGAAAGUUCGAAUAUCUUGCCCACACGAUCCACACAACGCAUUCGUUCGUGCCUCGCGGAGUCCACAAAACAAUCUGGCGAUUACAUGAUCCAGCUGGAACACAACAAGCCACCGUUUGAAGCUUACUGCGAACUGACCGAUUUCGGAGGCGGUUGGAUAGUGAUACAACGUCGCUCCAACGGUAAAGUGGACUUCUUCAGGAACUGGACGGAUUAUCGUGAGGGCUUUGGUCAUUUCGACGAUGAGUUCUGGCUCGGACUGGAACGGGUGCAUCAGCUGACGUCGAACCGACCGCACGAGUUGAUACUGGAGGUGCAGGAUGCCGAUGGCAACUACGGUUAUGCGCGCUACGAUGAGUUUCAGAUCAGUGGAGAGGACGAACAGUACGCGUUAGUGAAGCUGGGUAACUACAACGGAACCGCCGGGGAUGCACUGACAUACAACAAGGGAUAUAGCUUUAGCACUGCAGAUCGCGACAAUGAUGGAAAAAGUGGUGGAAACUGUGCGGAGGAAAGACAAGGCGCCUGGUGGUACUAUAAAUGUUCCUAUGCUAAUCUCAAUGGACGCUACCAAAACGCAACAAAUGAUUGGAGUUCGAUGAGCUGGUACUACUUCAAAAAAGACUACCGAGGUUUGGUGUACUCGAGAAUGAUGAUCCGUGAAGUAAUCGAGGAGUAA